CCCUGGCUUGGUCCAGAUACUGAUGGGGAGCAGCCCUGGGUGCAGGGGGAGCCAGGAAGCUGCAGGGUUUUACAGCCACGGGGGUGAGCACCGAGCUGGGAGGUGGGAUAGGCACAGAGCAGGGGGCAGGGGUAGCUGUCCAAGGCCAACCUUGCUCCCCACCCCAGCAGGCACAGCGCCCCACAUCCUCCCCCACGGUGUCUGGCACCACACCCCAAGGACUUGGGCAGACGGACCGGCACUGGCGCGUCACUGAAGCAUGGCGGGGGCCCGGGAGGAAGCGGGCGAUAGCAGGCUGGUGGCAGGCCGGGAGCCGCCGCCGCGCAUCAUCACAGUAACAGCCAAGACACCACAGGAGCGCCAGGAGUUCACCCUGGCAGAAAACUGCAGUGUUAGGGAGUUCAAAGAGCAGAUCUCAAUGCGUCUUAACUGUGACGUGAACCGUCUGGUGCUCAUCUUCACAGGGAAGAUCCUGCGAGACCAGGACACACUGAACCAGAGGGGAGUCCUUGAUGGCACCACUGUCCAUCUGGUGGUUCGGAACCGCUUCCCUGGAUUCACCCCCUCAUGCCAUCUGACUGCCACACCCGCCACCUCAAAUCAACCCAUCCCAGGCAGCAACAGCCCUGGGUCUUCACCCAGUACAGGGGCUGCUGGUCUGCUGACCAGGCUGGGCCGCAUAGCCCGGGGCUCACCAGAUCUGGCUGACUUUCUUGGCCAUUUGGCUCAGCUCCUCAUGGCGGUCCCCGAAGCUGUGGUGCAGUUCCUGGAUGAUCCCUCCAUACAAGGUCUGCUGGGUGAAACGCCAUCCAGCACCAAUCCUUCUGGCACUGGACCUGGGCGGCUGAUGGCUCAGCCACAGACUGCUCCCCCAGCCCAAGCUGCUGAGACAGUGCCCGAGGCCCUUAGGAGCCCUGCUCUGCUGAGGGAAUUGUUGAUGCUAAGAGCAGACGAGAGAGGUCUGGGGGCCCUGAAGGCUGUUCCUGGGGGCGAUAAUGCCCUGCGGCAGGUCUAUGCCGAUAUCCAACAGCUGAUGCUCACAGUCCCGGCCUCAGCACCCCGUGCCAAGGGCCCAGCUUCCUUGUCUGGUCCUUCUAAUUCUUCUUCCUCAGCUGGGCCUCUUCGGCUGGGAAAUGUGUGGCCUGGGGCCCAGGGCCGGGUUCUGGGAACCUCAACACAGGCCACUUCACCCUAUAGCUCUAGUAUACCCAAUCUGUACAUGGGAUUGGGACCUGGCUCACAGGAUAUGUCCCCAACUAUAGGCAAAGGGGCCCUGCCAGGCCCAUCCGCGCCCUCUGCCUCUGCCCUGAGGAAUGCCCUGAAUGUACUGCAUCAGAACCCAUCCCUGUUGCACCAGCUCACUGCUGGCAGCCCUCUGAGGCCCCGUCUGCCCCUGCUUCCCAUCCUCACUAAUCCACGGGCUCUACAGGCUUGGCUACAGAUUGAACAGGGCCUGCAGACACUCUCCAUGGAGAUUCCAGGGCUGGGACCCUGCCUACGGGGUUCUGGAAGGCCUCAUGGGGGUCAUGGGGGAGGGCUGGCUGGUGGGUCAAACUCCCGAGUGUCCUCCCAGCAACCCACGUUAGCUGUGCUGCAGCUCCUCCAGGCUCUGGCCCAUGCGAGCCCCAAUGCCCUUCAGACCCCACCACCACCACCACCACUGCCACCACCCCCAUCAGAGGGCCGUUUCCAGCAGGAGCUGGACCAACUGAAGGCAAUGGGCUUCUCCAAUCGUGACGCCAACCUGCAAGCGCUGAUUGCCACUGGCGGGGAUAUCCAUGCUGCUAUUGAGAGGCUACUGGGGGCCCCCCAGGCCUAGCACCCUGACCGCUACCCUGGGGAACCUGAACUGGGAGAGGGAAAGAGAGAGGAAGAAGAAGAGGAAAUAACUCAUUUUCGGAUAAUCUCCUAUUCAAAUCGGAGAUCACUGUGGACAGCACCACUCUGGCAGCUGUCUCGUUCUCCACUAAAAGGCCGCUGCUUGGCCGGA